CACAUUUAAGAUGAAGACAGAGGUUUUAUCAAUGUGGUCCCAGGUUAGUCUCAAUAUUUCGACGGCAAGACAGACCGAUUUUAUAAUCUGAUAUUUCAUAGAUGUCUGUCUUUACGCGAAGGGCGGCCAUCGUCUAUAUAAAAAAGCCCUAAAGCGCACAAUUUGUUGGGCUAGUCCCAGGUCCGAUACUCGUGCCGUGCUCUUGUGUCAAAUUGUCUCCUCAAAAAAGUUAGUCGUGCCGCAAAGUGAACUAAACUCUUCCAUAAAGGAAACAAAAUUAGUAUCGUAAAUCCAAAAUGGCCGCCAAAGAGGCGGAACAAGUUGUUUUGGACGAAGAAGAUGAAGAAUUACGGGAAGAUCUUGCUCCUGGUGACUGUGGCACUGCUAUGUUAAUAACAUCUGACUCAUAUGAACAUUUAGCUGCAGAAGACUUUGAAAAAUCACGUGCCAUUAUAAAAAGAAAGGGUCAUAUACAUGACAUUGUUCGCCAGUCAUCUCAUGAAGAACACGAUUCAUCAGGGGGUGAGCAGACUGGUCAUGCAAAUAAUUUGGAUGCAGAAAAGUUAACUCCAUCAGCAAGUGAAGACUCCAGUGACCAAAGUGAUUCUGGAUCAAAAGAUUUAAGUGGAGUGAUAGAUCAGAUUACCCGUACCCAGGUCCUAGAUGAAGAUGAUGAUGUUAAAACACCAGAAUGGAGAGGGCAGAGAAAACAUGUCUUUAUACUCAGUGACUCAGGAAAACCAGUUUAUUCAAGACAUGGGAAUGAAGAUAAACUUGUGACAAUAUUUGGUGUUAUGCAGGCUCUUGUAUCAUUUGUCCAAGAUUCGUCUCAUGAUACUCUCCGGUCUAUAGUUGUCGGCGAGCACAGAGUUGUAUUUCUUCACCUUGACCAUCUUAUUCUAGUUUGUGUAACACGAGGUGGUGAGUCAGAUAGACAGAUUAGAAUACAACUACACUAUUUAUACAAUCAAGUUCUAAGUGUAUUGACUCUUAGUUCUCUAAAGAAAAUAUUCAAACAGAGGAGAAAUUAUGACUUGCGACGACAGUUAAGUGGGUCGGAAAAGUUUUUAGACAGUUUGUUAAAGAUGAUGGAAACAGAGCCUGGGUUAUUACUAGGUGCUGUACGUUGUCUGCCAUUAGAGAAUGCUACACGUGAUAUGAUUGCUCAAAGUAUUGUCCAACAUGCCAAAGUCAAGGAUUUAGUGUUUGCACUGAUAAUCACCAAUAGCCAGUUAGUGACAUUAGUCAGAAUGAAGAAAUAUUUCCUACAUCCCAUGGAUCUUCAUUUAAUUAUAAACCUUAUCAACUCUGCAGAGUCUUUCAAAGCUGCUGAGUCAUGGACACCAAUAUGUCUUCCAAAGUUUGACUCAUCAGGAUUUUUACAAGCACAUAUCUCAUACCUAGAUGAAGAAUGUCAAACAUGUCUAUUGUUGCUGUCAGUAGAUAGGGACUCCUUCUUCACUCUGUCAGAAUGUAAAAGAAGAAUUACAGAGAGACUUAUAAAGUACAAUGGUCUUAGAGCAAUAGCUGAUUCAUUAAGAAAAGACAGUUAUAAUAUUUCAAAGUGUGGUAUAACAGAUUUACGCCACUUUCUGUACAAGAAUAAAAGCACCGCCCAAUACACCAGCCCUGAGCUUCAAGCACCGUACCUGACACCAGACCAACAAGAGCGCUUGUUUAGUUUAUAUUACUACUUGCACAAUAGAAUACAUUCCUCAUCUAGACCAUUAAAAAUUCUCUACCAUGUCGGCCAGUAUGAAGCAUUACUGGGAUGGGUUACUGGAGGUUUUGAGUUGUAUGCAGUAUUUGGACCAUUAGUAACAAAAUCACUAGCAAUAAAUGCUGUCAACAAGCUGAUGGCCUGGAUUAGAAAGGAAGCAAAUAGACUGUUUAUAUUGGAGUCUGUGACAUUCUAGAGGAAAGUUGGAUAUAAACUCAUCAACCAGGAAACAUAUGUGAUAAAUAGUUUUUUGAGAGGGGUCAUGUUAAAAGGGUCUAUCUCAUCAAGAUAGUUCAGGAAUUUUGGUGGGUUUCCCUGUGAUACCUGAAAUCACCUGAGUUUAUUAAUAAAUUAUAAUAUUGGUCUUAUAAAACUUGACAGGUGCCAGCUUGAAGUAGAGUCUAGUGUUUCUACUUUAACAUUCCAAGUACCAAUAUGGAAUGUUUCCGCUUUAUCUCUGAAUAAAAUGUUUGAAUUCAAAAUCAGGCCCUUUCAGCAUGACCACUUGUAUUUUAUUUAUUUUCAGCAAAGUGUACUUCUAUAAUCAUGUUAUAGCUAUUGACUGUGUGUUGUUGAUAUAAAUGUUGUAUUUCAGAUGAAUAUAGCAGUAGCAUUUACAUUACAUUGUCAUUUCCUAGUCUUUAUACCAAAGAAAAAACUUUGGUGUUUUUUGUUAAGCUUAUAAAAUAAACCAGUCUAUAUCUGGAGUAUCUGAUUGGUUUAUCCUUGUUAUGGUUGAUAAUACUGACCAAUGACAAGCUUGCAUUUUUACACUGGUAUCCAGUCAUCUUUUUAUUUUAAAUCAGACAACCAUCUUUAAAUAAACUAGUAUAUAUAUUAGAUAGAGGAUAUUGAAUGAGUGUAAGUUCAAUACUGAAUUUAUUGCACAAGUUGGAUAAAAUUAUAUUAUGCGAGCCUCUGGCGAGCAUGAUAUUAUUUUAUUCAACAAGUGCAAUAAAUUCAGUAAUGAACUUAUACGAAUAUAAUAUUCUAUUUAUCACAAACCCAAAAUAAAGACCGUUUAAAGUGAAGAGUCAUUUUUCAUUAACGAGCCUAUAGUAUAAUGUUUACAUUUAGCACGUCUUUACACUAUGUUUGUAUAACGCUAAUGACGUCACGUCAAAAUAUAUGCACGGCCGUGCAAUACCAUAUUUACAGAGUCGCAAAAAUGGCAUGGAUGUGUGAUAAGGUAGUAGUUUAUUUUAUGGGUACAAGUGACUUAACAAUCUGAAUGUAGUGAAUAUGAAUUACCGGUUUGAAUAUUUUUAUAAGGAAAUGUACUUCAUAAUGCUUGUGGAUUUUAUAGUGCAGUAGAUUUAACUAAAGUUUUCUCUUCUUCGUAGUGAAAUCAUGAUUAAAUCAAUUUUCAUGAAGGAUGCAUUGUUAACAAGUAAAUUUUGAAUGCCAUUAUUGAUAAAAGAAUAGUUGAUUAAAAAAUCAUGUGUGCAAUCCAGUUUGAAUUGUGAUUUAUGUGAGAUUUUAUAUAAUUUGACAAUUUAUAGUACACAAAAAUAAAUGUAAGACUACUAUUAGUUUGAUAUGUAUUUCAUACAAGACUUGAAUUAUUUUUGUGACUGACAUGUUGAUACAUGUUGUUUUACAUUGAAGAUGGAAUGUUUAGAGGUGGGAGGCACUUUAGUCACCAAAUUUGUUAUAUUUUAACUAGAUGUUUGUUGAAGGUGCUUUUCUUCACCUCCAGCGUGACAUUCUUCUUUGAACAUAUUUUGUAUGGUACUUUCAUUUAGUGUGCAAUUUUUGUUUGUGCAGUAUUUUCUUUGUUUCAUUGCUAAUAAUAGAUCUCUCCCUUCUAGAAUGUUUACUUACAUCAGCAGGUGGUAGCUGUCGAAAGUUCACCCAUACUUUGUCUCAGUGCUAUUUUAUUUUACUGGUCAGUUCAGAUCAUUGAUUUCAGUAAGUGUUCAAGAUUGAAUACGGCAGAAGUUUUGGUGUGUACAAUUAUCUGUUGUGAACAGAAUCAAACUGAGCAUGUAGUUUACAUGUAUUUGUUUUUGUUUCAUUGCUAUCCAGGGAUAUCCCUCCUUUCAGAUCCUUUUUACAAAUUUAUCUAAAAGUUUUUCAUGUUUAGGAACAAUUUUUAUGAAUAUUUAAGAUUCAUAACAAGAAGAUGCAGUACAAUAAAAAAUUAUCCUAUGCUGCUUUGGAUUCAAACUCAUGACCGAUGGCUUACUAGCAAAUAAUAACAAUGCUAUGAUUGACUGGGCCAAAUAAUUGAUUAACUAACUGUUGUAGGGGUGUCUGUGGACUGUGGCUGAGUGGUUAAGGUCAUUGACUUCAAACCACUUGCCCCUCAUAGCUGCGAGUUCAAGUCCUGACAGGGACUUUGGUUUUUUCAUGUGAGGAAGCCGUCCAGCUAGCUUAUGGAAUGAAGGUGGUUCUACUCAGGUGUCUGUUUAUGCCUGAAAUAAUGCAUGGAGGCCUUCCUCUAUCAGUAAAGCUGUAACGUCGACAUAUGACCUACACUGUGUUGGUGUUACGUAAAACCUAAUCAAACAAACAAACAAACAGUUGUCAAUGGUUGUAAUUUGAGUAAUCAUAUAUAACAUUAUCUAUCUAGCUUUCAGACAGUCACUGGUCUUAUAGAGAUGCCUGUGACAGAGGGUCACCUAAAAUCAUUCCUUUCCCAUAUUGCUAGAAAGCCACCAUUUGAAAUUUACUAUGUGGGUGUAAAGUAAAACCAUUUUUGAAUAUUGUAAAAUAAGUGUCUUAAAAAAUGUGAAAAAAGUUGUAAAAUUCUCCGUAAUUUGACUUUCUUUUGCCUUGUAGUCAUUACUUGUAUAUAUAUGAAGUGAAUGAACAAUGUUCACUAAAAAUGUGAUUCCUAUAAUAUACUGAUAUGUAUAAUUUAUAAGUUUUUAUCUUAAUAAUGACAAGAGUUAAUUUUUUUGUAUAUACAGUACAAAAUAAUGUAAAUCUCCAUACUUUAUAAAUGAAAACUCAAUACUUGAGAUAUCAGUUGGACUUAAGUAAAUGUGUUUUCUGAAAAAAGUUAUGUGAUGUUAUGUAGCAAUAUGAACAGAACAUAAAAUAAAUGUUUUAUAACAAAGAAUUUACAUCUUUAUUAAAAUCUUUGGUUUACAUUUGAAUUGUAGGUUUAUUUUAAAUGCAUUUAUGUGUUCUAUUUUGACAUGAUCCAUUGUGCAAAUAAACUGUAUCUUUUAUACAUUGUAACUGCUACAU